CACCUCCGAAAGCUAAUGAAAAAAAAAAAACGAAGAUUCACGAAGCAAAUAGGACCAUCUUUUAACGCCUUGGAGCUCUAUUUCUGUUGACAGAUGUGGGUGAGGGGACGUGCAGGCGUUUACACUCCAAUUAAUCCAUAAAAGAGUGAAAAUAAGAGACGGAAUGAAUUGGAUUUAAUUUUUAAUAGCUAAAAUGAGUCAAUGAUAAGUGCUUGAAUAUUAAUUUUGACUGAUUGGAGUGAAUUUUAAGUGAUGAAAAGGGCUGAGAAUACUUUGUCGAGCUUUUGGAGUUGCAUGUGAGGGGUUUAUUACACAGAUUACACAAUUAGUCUGGAUUAUCAGUGCUUGGGAGAAUUAAUCCAAAAGCACUUGAGGACAUAAACACAAAUUACUCGAUUAUUCAGCCUUCGACGGACAAACAAAUUGUUCAGAAAGUCAAUGAGAGAAUAAUUGAAGCAAAUUUCAUAACAAAAAGGAUCUUAAUCUCUUCCUUCAGCCCCUGAAUACUCAUCUGAAGAAAUAGUUACCAACAACUUUUAAUCAUUUCGCAUAAUUAUCCUCUGAAUGAAUGAAUUGGAGCGAAUUUUUGUAACAACUUCACCACUUCAUUGACCGAUUUGAGGGCAUAAUCACCUCGAUCCCCUGAUUUUUUUUUGCCACAUCGAGAGAUAAACAAUCGAAAAAUUGAACAAUGGCUUUCAAGAAGGACUUGAAACUACUGGUGAAGCCGUAUUAUUUGAUCAACAUUCUCCUCAGUCUCUCAUACAUGAUCGUGAAAAAAGUAACAUUCAUUUGUGAAUUCAUCUUCAAUGAGACUGACUGUGAACUGGAGGGGAGGGAGAUGGAGAUCCUGUUCUUUCUGGUAAUAGUCAUAUCAUUCAGGACGAGGAAGGCUGGGAGUGUCACGAUGAUAAAUUACUUGUCCUCCAGCUUUGUUUACACAAAGGUUGCUAAUCUCAUUUUGUGGUUCUAUGCUGACAUACGCUGUGGCAUUUUGUUCGCUAUCAUUAUUACUCUUUGUGGUCUCGUGCUGCCGGAACCAAUGUACCAGGGCCCUGAGAACAUAACUUACCUGAGAGGUGCAACUGGCCUCCAGGAGGAAUUGAAUAGAGACACGAGAAUUGUCUGGAUUGUCGCCUUCUACACAGCUUGGAACCCAGCCUGCGUCAACUUCGCCCCAACGUUUUCUCAACUGUCAGCUGAAUAUGCCUUGGAAAAUUUCAAAUUCGGAAAGGUCGACAUUGGGAGAUACCCGGACGCAGCAGCCAAGUACCACGUCAGUGAUGCCAGCACCAGUAAACAGUUGCCCUCGAUACUUCUCUUCAAGGAUGGGAAGGAAAUAGAACGGAGGCCCUACGCCGAUAGCAAGGGGAAACUAGUCAAAUUCCUAUUUUCAUUGGAUAACAUAAAAGCUGCCUUCGAUCUCAACAACGUCUACAAAACCUGCAAGGAGAAUCCAAUCAAAAGAAAAGAGAAAAAGGAUAAGAAAGCAGUAAAAGCAGAUUGAAAAUAUCGCCAAUCUCGAAGGAUAUUCAAAUUCUAAUUAACAAAGUCAUUGGCUGAGCCAGCAGACUGCCAAAUGUGUCCAUAAGGAGAAAACAACAAUAGAAGCGUAAUUCUAUACAUUAUAGGCAUUUAUUUAUAUUCACAAUGUGAAUGACGACACAUGAUUUUCAUCAAUUUCACAUUGACAGAUUCAUCAUUAAUUAGUGACGAUUCAUGCGCUCAAACCAAAAAACUACAAACUGUUGGAUUAUGAUUCAUUGAGUCACUUUUAACUCUAGUCUUCAGUACCGCACACAUUAUUUCCCUGAAAUGACUCCUCUAAUUUGUUUAUAAAUACAAUAGACUAAAGCAAUUGUACAUUCAAUUCUUCUUUUAAUGAAAGAAUAAAAAUGAUAAUUCAUCAGUA